CACAAGGAUUGCUACAAGGAGGCCAUGAUGGAGGAGCACCAGCCUCUUAUAUCACAAGAUGGAUCCAGGAGGAGAAAUCCCCCCGACAGAUGUCCUCGACCUCUGUAUUCCCAGGACUAUCCAGAGGAGAAGGUCCCAGAGACUGAUAUUAAAGUGGAGGAUGAAGAAGAGAGGAUGAUGGGCGAUCCCCCGUGUAAGAGUGAGGUGGAGGAGGACAUUCCAGGAGAUGUCACCACAGAAAAUCCCAGCAAGAAUUCUGAGGGAAAGUUCAUGUUGUCAUUAAAUUAUAAAGCUGAAGAUGAGGACAACAUGCAGCGCUCUUCAAGGGAAAACCUCAUUACCGUUAAUGUAUAUCCAGAACUUUACAGUACAGAUCUAUCAUAUAAUCCCCUUAAUCAUGAGGAACCUUCUCCUGACCAAUCACACAAUAUUACCACGCAUACAAAUCUGAAAGGGAGUGAAAGAUUUAAUUGUGGUAAAGAGUUCACAAAAAGUUCAGAUUUUCCUACACACAAAAGAAUUCACGCAGGAGAGAAAACAUAUCAAUGUUCAGUAUGUGGGAAAUGUUUUACAUAUAAAUCAUAUCUUGUUAGACACGAGAGAAUUCACACAGGAGAGAAGCCGUAUUCAUGUUCAGAAUGUGGGAAAUGCUUUCUAAAUAAAUCAAAUCUGGUUAAUCAUGCUAGAAGUCACACAGGAGAGAAACCGUAUUCAUGUUCAGAAUGUGGUAAAUGUUUUACAGUUAAAUCAAAUCUUGUUACACAUGAGAGAAGUCACACAGGAGACAAACGGUAUUCAUGUUCAGAAUGUUUGAAAUGUUUUACAGUUAAAUCAAAUCUUAUUAGACAUCAGAAAUUUCACACAGGAGAGAAAUGGUAUACAUGUUCAGAAUGUGGGAAAUGCUUUACACAAAAAUCAGAACUUGCUACACAUGCGAGACGACACACAGGAGAGAAGCCAUAUUCAUGUUCAGAAUGUGGCAAAUGUUUUACACAAAAAUCUGAACUUGUUACACACGAGAGACUACACACAGGACAGAAGCCAUAUUCAUGUUCCGAAUGUGGGAAAUGUUUUACAGAGAAAUCAUAUCUUGUUAAUCAUGAGAGACGACACACUGGAGAAAAGCCAUAUUCAUGUUCAGAAUGUGGGAAAUGCUUUUCAGAUAAAUCAAAUCUUGUUAAGCAUAAGAGAAGUCACAAAGCAGAGAAGCCGUAUUCAUGUUUAGAAUGUGGGAAAUGUUUUAUAGAGAAAUCAUAUCUUGUUACUCAUGAGAGACGACACACGGGAGAAAAGCCAUAUUCAUGUUCAGAAUGUGGGAAAUGUUUUACAGAUAAAUCAUAUCUUGUUACUCAUGAGAGACGACACACGGGAGAAAAGCCAUAUUCAUGUUCAGAAUGUGGGAAAUGCUUUUCAGAUAAAUCAAAUCUUGUUAAGCAUAAGAGAAGUCACAAAGCAGAGAAGCCGUACUCAUGUUUAGAAUGUGGAAAAUGUUUUACAGAGAAAUCAUAUCUUGUUACUCAUGAGAGACGACACACGGGAGAAAAGCCAUAUUCAUGUUCAGAAUGUGGGAAAUGCUUUUCAGAUAAAUCAAAUCUUUUUAGGCAUAAGAGAAGUCACAAAGCAGAUAACCAGGAGUUAUCCCCGCAUCGUGAGUAUGAAUCUGAAAGCGGUUAUUGGGAUUCACCAACUACUACCGAUCCCCCGUGUAAGAGUGAGGUGGAGGAGGACGUUCCAGGAGAUGUCACCACAGAAAAUCCCAGCAAGAAUUCUGAGGGAAAGUUCAUGUUGUUAUUAAAUUAUAAAUCUGAAGAUGAGGACAACAUGCAGCGCUCUACAAGGGAAAACCUCAUUACCGUUAAUGUAUAUCCUGGACUUUACAGUACAGAUCUAUCAUAUAAUCCCCUUAAUCAUGAGGAACCUUCUCCUGACCAAUCACACAAUAUUACCACGCAUACAAAUCUGAAAGGGAGUGAAAAAUUUCAUUGUGGUAAAGAGUUCACAAAAAGUUCAGGUUUUCCUACACAAAGAAGAAUUCAAGCAGGAGCGAAAGCAUAUCAAUGUUCAGUAUGUGGGAAAUGUUUUACAGAUAAAUCAGAUCUUGUUACACAUGAGAUAAUUCACACAGGAGAGAAGCCAUAUUCAUGUUCAGAAUGUGGGAAAUGCUUUUCAGAUAAAUCAAAUCUUAUUAGGCAUGAGAGAAGUCACACAGAAGAGAAGCCAUCUUCAUAUUUAGAAUGUUGGAAAUGUACAAAUAAAUCAAAUCUUGAUACACAUGACAGAAGUCACACAGGAUACAAACGGUAUUCAUGUUCAGAAUGUGGGAAAUGUUUUACAGUUAAAUCAAAUCUCGUUAUACAUGAGAGAAUUCACACAGGAGAGAAGCCAUAUUCAUGUUCAGAAUGUGGGAAAUGCUUUACACAAAAAUCAGAACUUGUUACACAUGAGAGAAGACACACGGGAGAAAAGCCAUAUUCGUGUUCAGAAUGUGGGAAAUGCUUUUCAGAUAAAUCAAAUCUUGUUAGGCAUGGGAGAAGUCACACAGGAGAGAAGCCAUAUUUAUGUUUAGAAUGUGGGAAAUGUUUUACACAAAAAUCAAGUCUUGUUAUACAUGAGAGAAUUCACACAGAAGAGAAACCAUAUUCAUGUUCAGAAUGUGGAAAAUGUUUUGCACGUAAAUGUAAUCUUAUUACACAUGAGAGAAGUCACACAGGAGAGAAGCCAUAUUCAUGUUCAGAAUGUGGAAAAUGUUUUACAUAUAAAUCACAACUUGAUACACAUAAGAGACGUCACACAAGUGAGAAGCCUUAUUCAUGUUUAGAAUGUGGGAAAUGUUUCAUACUCAAAUCAAGUCUUGUUACACAUGAGAGAAUUCACACAGGAGAGAAAUCACAUUCAUGUUCAGAAUGUGGAAAAUGUUUUACACAUAAAUCUAAUCUUAUUACACACGAGAGACAACACACAGGAGAGAAGCCAUAUUCAUGUUCAGAAUGUGGCAAAUGUUUUACACAGAAAUCAAAUCUUGUUAGGCAUGAGAGAAGUCACAGAGCAGAGAAGCCAUAUUCAUGUUGAGAAUGUGGGAAGAGUUUUAUACAAAAAUUAGAUCGUAGUAGAAAUCAUAUAAUUCAUAUGUGAAACCAUUUUUACAUAUUUUUGCAUAUCAGGUUAUUCAUUGACCUUAAAGAGUCUAUAAGAAGAGUUAUUUUUGGGUGUACCUACCCCAGAUCUCCUAGAUAACUGAAUUAUAUUUCCUUGAGGUCACUGUGACCAGGUCCAUGGAUAAAAAUAUUGGGGAUAUAGGAAACGGAUGAAGAGCCUUGUUUACUUCCAGAGCAGUGAAGAUGAAUUGUCCUCAUGAACCUUGCUUCUUAUCACUGUAUUGACACCUCCACCCACACUGCGGGGGAGAGUGACAUGGGGAGAAGUAACAACGCUCCAUGUAAUUGUUUUAUAAUGUAUGCAGACAUAUUGAUACAGUACUUGAUCAUGAUUCAAAUAGUCUUUAAUAGGAACUUGUUGUGAGCAUGGUGUCGAGCUGCAGACAGCGUGUUAUAGAGCAGGAGGAGCUGAGCUGAUUGA